AUGGGUCUGCUCCUGAAGAUUUUCAUCCCCUUGCUGGGACUGGCGCUGGCUCUUUAUUUUUAUUCAGCACCUGAGAAUUUCAACGAAGAGAUGCUCCGGGGGAAGCGGGUGAUCGUGACAGGAGCCAGCAGCGGCAUCGGGGAGCAGAUGGCGUAUCACCUGGCACGCAUGGAGGCUCACCUACUGCUCACGGCGCGGACGGAGGCCAAGCUGCAGAAAGUUGUGAAGCGGUGCCUGGAGCUGGGUGCUGCCUCCGCCCGCUACGUGAGCGGCUCCAUGGAAGACACCACGUUCCCUGCAGUGGUGGUGAGGGAGGCUGAGAACACCUGGGGAGGCCUCGAUAUGCUCAUCCUAAAUCACAUCGGUUACAGCUACGUCAACUACUUCAACGGGGACGUUGAGCACAUACGAAAGCUCCUGGAGACCAACUUCCUCAGCUACGUGGCGAUGACCGCGUCUGCCCUGCCCAUGCUGAAGGAGAGCGAGGGCAGCAUUGUUGUCGUUUCAUCCCUGGCAGGUAAAACUGGCUCCCCAUUUGCCGCAUCCUAUUCUGCAACUAAGUUUGCCUUAGACGGAUUUUUCAGCUCCUUGCGACAUGAAUUAAUCAUAGACAAUGUCAACGUCUCCAUCACACUCUGCAUCCUGGGCUACAUCAACACAGAAAACGCUGUGAGAGCCAUGUCCCAUGUCAUCCGGCGCACGCCAGCGCCCAAGGAGGAGUGUGCUCUGGAAAUCAUCAGGAGCGGGGCGCUGCGCCAGCGGGAGCUGCACUACCCACCCAUGGUGGGCAGCCUGCUCCUCUUCCAGUACAUAGCCCCCGACUUACUCGACUCCUUCAUCAGGAGCUACUAUGAAGUGGAAAACAUCAGAAGGCCGCCACCUCGGGAGGGGAGUGGAGGAGCCGUCACAGAGCCCCCGGCAAAGGGAGUUCCUGAGAAGGAGAAACUUGGCAAGUGAUGCUGGAAGGACAGUGCUGGGACCGGAGCCCGAAGCACGCGCCCCCCCGGAUCGCUCCUCACGGGUGUAUCAGAGGCCGCCCGUCCUGCUCCAGCACCCGUGGAGCUGCCCCACGUUUCCCCGCGCACACUCCCGUCUCAGCAUCCCCCUCGACAUUUCAGCAGAAGCCAUGCCCCGGCGGGGUGCCUCAGUGAACACCC